AUGGCAAGAGUGGAUUAUGCCAUCGAAGUUGUAGCCUGGGACCGUACAGGCUUCGUGGCUCUGGAGGGAAUGUUCUGCCUCCUCUUCACAACCGAGCUGGCCUUGAGAAUCCAGCAGCAGAACUGGGGCUUCUUCCAGGAUUUCUUGAACCUCCUGGACUACUCGCUGGUGGUCAUCAGCUGGCUUGAUGUAGCCACUUCCGUGACGACCUACCGGGAAAGGGUUCAGUUCGCCUCAACCGUCCGGGUCUUCCGCUUCGUGCGCUUCGUGCGGCUGGCCGAAGGCCACUACACCGGGCUCUUCAAGAUUGCCAAGGGCCUUGCAGAUGCCCUGGAACCUGUCGUCCAGCUGACCAUCAUUACCUCGGCGUUUGUCUUCACGUGCGCCGUCUUCCUCACAGGCCUUGUGGCGCACGACUGGGUUGCGAUCACCCGUUGGCCGGAAGCGCGGAUGUACGCUGGCUCUGUUUGGCGCUCCACCCUCACAGUCAUGCAGGUCAUGACUUUUGACCUCUGGUCGGACAUCACCUUUGGCAUCAUGCAGGCAGGGUCGCCCCUCACCCUGAUUGUGAUCUUCGGGAGCAUCUUCGGAUGCUCCUUCGGGAUCAUCAAUGCGAUGGUUGGCAUUAUGGUGGAGCGCGUGUCCAACAUCUCUGCGGAUGCUGCGGAUAACCAGGAGAAGGCUGCAGCCAAAGCUUACGAAAUGCUUUUGCAGUCCAUCCUCGCCGACUUCCGCUACCACAUGAACCGCGAUGGGAAGAUAGACUUCGAGGCCUAUCGAAGGCUGCUGAACGUCUCCGAAGUCAAAGAGAAGCUGAGCCUCAUGGGCCUAUCUCCGGAAGAAGCGGAAGCCUUCUUCUAUCUCAUGGACGGGGAAAAGGUUGGAGAGGUCACCCCGUACCAGCUCGUGACGGCCCUUGGCAAGGCCAAGGGCAAGGCGAAAAGCCACGACAUGUGUUACUUGAUCUGCAUUGUGCAGAAGCAAUGUCUCCGGGCUUCACGUUUGGUGGAUCGGGUGCAUCGGCUCAUCGAGCAGGUGGACCGGAUACAGAGCCGCUUCUGUGAUUGUGGUCGAGGACUGACGAGGGAACGGCUGAUCACGCGGGAAGCUGACGCGAGAACGCAGGAAAUGCACAGCAGAGCGGAAGAUCGUGAGCGCAUCUUCCAGAAGGUGGAGCUCCAGCGACAGGUUGCACAAGCUCGCAUGAAGAUGGCCUGA